AAGUUUUCUAUGCCCAAUGUUCCUGACUUCGAAAUAUUAUUCUCACAGGUUCAGCUUUUCAUCAGUACUUGUAACGGGGAGCACAUUCACUAUACAACGGAUACUUUUUCUGGGCUCUACCAUCAGCUGACAAAUGCGCUUGUGGAAAGAAAACAGCCCCUUCGAGGAAUUGGCAUCCUUAAGCAAGCCAUAGACAAGAUGCAGAUGAAUACAAACCAGCUGACCUCAAUACACGCCGAUCUCUGUCAGCUUUGUUUAUUAGCAAAGUGCUUUAAACCUACCCUUCCUUAUCUUGAUGUGGAUCUGAUGGAUAUCUGUAAAGAGAAUGGAGCCUAUGAUGCAAAACACUUUUUAUGUUACUACUAUUAUGGACAGAUGAUCGAAACUGGACUGAAGAACUUUGAAAGAGCGCUGUACUUUUAUGAGCAGGCUAUCACCACUCUUGCCAUGGCUGUCAGUCAUAUCAUGUUGGAAUCAUAUAAAAAGUAUAUUUUAGUGUCUUUGAUAUUACUUGGCAAAGUACAGCAACUGCCAAAAUAUACAUCUCAGAUUGUUGGUAGGUUUAGUAAGUCUCUCAGCAAUGCCUACCAUGAGUUAGCACAAGUGUAUUCAACCAAUAACCCCUCAGAGCUGCAAAACCUGGUGACCAAGCACAGUGAGACAUGUACUUGUGACAACAUGGGCCUGGUGAAGCAGUGCCUGUCCUUGCUCUAUAAGGAAAACAUUCAGAGGCUAACCUAGACCUUUAUAACACUAUCAUUAUAAGACAUGGCAAGUCAUGUGCAAUUAUCUGGACCUCAGGUGGUAUUUAUUCUGUAA